AUGGCACCGCAGGAAUUACGCUGUAAUGAUGACUGGUUCUAUUAUUUUGCAUAUGGCAGUAACUUAUUGGACGAAAGGAUGCAUAUUAAAAAUGCCACUUUUGAGAAGAUCGGAUUGCUGCCAGGUUAUCGUUUAGAGUUUUUUGACUACGGACGACGGUGGAAAGGCGCGGUAGCAUCAAUUGAGCAGUCAGAAGACGAUGAAGUGUGGGGAUGCAUUUGGCGCGUGCCAUGGUCAUUCUCUGAUGAAUUAGAUUUACAGGAAGGGGGCUAUCAUCGGCUGAUUGUGGAUGUUAAAGCUGGAAAUGCGACAGUUCGUUGUCGAACUUACCAGUAUUCAAACCCAGCUCGUCAACCAGGAUCACCUUCUCCACAUUAUAAACAGGUUAUUGUGUCUGGUGCCGUAGAGCAUCACUUACCACUGGAUUAUAUAAUGAAGUUAAAAGCGGUCAAGCAUAACGGUUACAAAGGUGCGGUACUGGUCGAUUUGGCUGCCAUAAAAAAUCUAAACUCCUGCAACACCAGUGAUUGA